AUGAACACUUGUUUAGCACAACUCCAAACAUUCUCAGUCCAACAAGGGAAUGCCAUGAACCGCUAUAUGGGCUCUUUUGAGUUUCCGGGGCCAUCAAUUCCUGUCAUCCCUCUCCUUUUCAUGUCCAUGCUCAUCCCAAUCUACUUGUUCUUCUUCAUUCCUUUCGCUAUAAAGAUCACAAACCAUCCUGCAGGCAACAUGCAGCUUCAAUGCAUCGGUGUUGGACUAGUCCUAUCUACAAUUUCAUGGCUGUAG